CAGAUAGACAGACAUGGAUCAGCUGCUGCUCCUAAUGCUACUGCUGGUGAGCUCAGAAAGACACACCUCAACAGGGUCGGGUGUUAGGUUGUCGGGAGGAAACAGCCGUUGUGCAGGAAGACUGGAGGUGAAACAUCAGGGGGAAUGGAGACCCACAUGGGGCUUUAACUCUCUCAGGACCCUGAAGGAAGCAAACGUUGCCUGCAGAGAGCUCGGCUGUGGCUCUGCUGUUUCUGCAGGAGAGAAAACAGAAGGUACCUCAGAGACACCUGUGUGGAUCAUCAAUCCUGACUGUAUUCAGUCUGGAUCUCUUCUGAGGGAGUGUGCAGAACCAUAUUCCUCUAACUACACCCUGAAUCUCACCUGCUCAGACUCUGUUCGGCUGCUGGGCGGGACUAGUCUGUGUUCAGGCAGACUAGAGGUGAAGUCUGACCAGUCUAACCCACCGUGGUCCCCAGUGUGUGAGGCUGACUUUGACCAGCAGGAUGCCAAGGUGGUCUGCAGGGAGCUUGGCUGUGGGGCUCCUUCAGUCCUCCAGGGGGCGCUCUAUGGAGGGGAGGCUCCAAUGUGGACCAAAGAGUUCCAGUGUGGAGGCCAUGAGGCUGCUCUCCGGGACUGUAGAAGCUCAGGCUCAGAUAGAAACACCUGCUCAGCUGGCAGAGCUGUUAGCCUCACCUGCUCAGAGUCUGUCAGGUUAGUGGGAGGAGACAGUCGCUGUGCAGGAACACUGGAGGUGAAACAUCAGGGGGACUGGAGAGCAGUGGACUGCUAUAACGCUUUCUGGAGCCUGAACACAGCACAUAUUGCCUGCAGAGAGCUCAACUGUGGCUCUGCUGUUUCUGUAGAACGGAGAAUAGGAUCCUCAGGCAUAUCUGUGUGGUUGAUCAGAUCUGACUGUGUUCAGUCUGGAUAUGCUCUGAGGGAGUGUGCAAUAUCAGUUCCCUCUAACUACACCCUGAAUCUCACCUGCUCAGACUCUGUUCGGCUGCUGGGCGGGACUAGUCUGUGUUCAGGCAGACUGGAGGUGAAGUCUGACCAGUCUAACCCACUGUGGUCCCCAGUGUGUGAGGCUGACUUUGACCAGCAGGAUGCAGAGGUGGUCUGCAGGGAGCUUGGCUGUGGGGCUCCUUCAGUCCUCCAGGGGGCGCUCUAUGGAGGGGAGGCUCCAAUGUGGACCAAAGAGUUCCAGUGUGGAGGCCAUGAGGCUGCUCUCCUGGACUGUAGAAGCUCAGGCUCAGAUAGAAACACCUGCUCAGCUGGCAGAGCUGUUAGCCUCACCUGCUCAGAGUCUGUCAGGUUAGUGGGAGGAGACAGUCGCUGUGCAGGAACACUGGAGGUGAAACAUCAGGGGGACUGGAGACCAGUGGUCAGCUCUCCCUCGACCCAGAAGACAGCAAAUGUUGCAUGCAGAGAGCUCGACUGUGGCUCUUCUGUUUCUGUAAGGCAGAUAAAGGCAUCCUCAGACAGAUAUGUGUGGGUUAUCAGAUCUGACUGUCUUGGAUAUUCUCUGAGGGACUGUGCAACACCAAGUAACUCUAACUUCUUCCUGAAUCUCUCCUGCUCAGAUCUGCUGUUUCAGCCCAACAUCUCUGUGUCCUCCUCCAUGGUCGGGGUCUCCGGGGCCCAGCAGCAGGGGUUCAAGAUGUUCAGAGGCUCCACCUUCACUAUCAGUUGCUCCAUUCAGCCUCAGUACCCAGGAGGCUCCUUCCAGCUCAACUUCACUUCCUCCAGCUCAGCCCACAACUAUAACCCAAAGCCAGCUGUCAAUCAUUCUUCCCACUUCCUGUUUCCUUCUGUAGAGCUCGCCCAACAAGGAAACUACAGCUGUGUUUAUCGCGUCUCUGCUUUUUCUCAUGACUUCUCCUCUGAGAGCCGUCUGAUCUCCCUCAGUGUCACAGAUCCAGCACCUUUUAUCAUCCGAGCGGUCGUCCUGCCGCUGAAUCUGCUGCUGGUGACCGCCGGCCUUUACUUCUACUGCAAGGCCACCAGGGGGCGGUUACUGGGCCGACAAGAGGACAUUGAGCUGGAUUGUUAUAACCUGGGGGUUCCCGCAGCUGAAGAGAAAGGAGCGAAGUAGCCCGCUCCAAGACCUCAACUUUCACAGAUGGAUGUAUCAGCUCUUACACCAGUUUUUAACCAACAUUAUCAAAUAUAGCUUGUUAUUUUUACUAUAAAAGUCAUCGACAGUGAUUUAGUGCCUCAUAUUUCCCGACUUCCUGUUAGCUCAAGGCCCAUUGGUUCCUACUGAAGAUGUAGAUCUUUAAAAACAACUAAAAAAUGUGUUUUAUUUUGAAAAGUCCAAUCAGUCGGUGCAGAUUGAAGAUCAAAGACACGCCAAACCAGGCCAGUGAAUGUGUAGCCAAUAAAGGUAACAUAUUGAAUUCAAAAUGAGGCAAAUAUCCUCUUAAUUAGGUAUAACAAUACCAAACGUUUGGAUCUAAUUUGGUGACAUUUGAGCAAAUGAAUCCUGAGAUAACAGGAGGAACGCGUCACAGCGCCACCUAGUGUUUGAUUCGUAGAUCUCGAGCACAUCGAGGGUUGGUGAUCAGUGGAAAAAUCAGGGGGUUUUCACAAUAAUUCGUCUGGUUACUGAUACAUAUUUUUUGUGAAACAGAAUUGUGUUUUGUAAAACGUUUUGUUGACUUUGGUAUAAAAGGAAUUCUGCUUUA